CCGUACACCCAGCGACACCACAAAUACCGCAAAAAUGGCUCGCCGUCCCGCUCGUUGCUACCGCUACUGCAAGAACAAGCCCUACCCUAAGUCGCGCUUCAACCGCGGUGUCCCCGACCCUAAGAUCAGAAUCUUCGAUCUUGGCCGCAAGCGCGCUGGUGUCGAUGAGUUCCCUCUCUGUGUCCACCUCGUUUCCAACGAGUACGAGCAGUUGAGUUCCGAGGCUCUUGAGGCUGCCCGUAUUUGCGCCAACAAGUACAUGGUCAAGUCUGGUGGUGGCAAGGACUCCUUCCAUCUCCGUGUCCGUGCCCACCCUUACCACGUCGUCCGUAUCAACAAGAUGUUGUCUUGUGCCGGUGCCGAUAGACUGCAAACUGGUAUGCGUGGUGCUUGGGGUAAGCCCAACGGUACCGUCGCCCGUGUCAACAUUGGCCAGAUUCUUCUGUCCCUCCGUUGCAAGGACUCUUCGCGUGCCCACGCCAUUGAGGCCCUCCGCCGCUCUCAGUACAAGUUCCCCGGUCGCCAGAAGAUCGUCAUCUCCAAGAACUGGGGCUUCACUCCCCUCCGCCGUGAGGAGUACGUCGCCAAGCGCCAGGCUGGUGCCGUCCGUGUCGAUGGUGCCUACGUCCAGUUCCUCCGUAACAAGGGUCCCCUCGAGUACAACAUGCGCCGUUUCCCCGACGCUUUCUCCGCUUAAGCGAAGUUACCGAUACCCUGUUCGACUUGAACGCGAAGGACUGAUGGGCUUUGGUGCAUUCCGGCGUGUCGAGGCUUUCUAAAAUUACCA